AGUGCGGCGCAUGUCAUGACGCGAGGGGAGUGCCCGGAAGCGGAAACGGGUCCGUCGGUGGGUGUUGGUGUGCGGAAGUGUCUGGUGGAGGAGGCCGCGGUUUCGGCUCUGUGGGAGGAGGGGAGCUUCCCCACCGGCAGCCGCGGGCCUGCGUUCUCUUCUCCAGUGAUCCCCCGCCGCUGCGCCAUGGCGAGCGCCAACAUGCAGAAAGCAAUAGACCUUGCUAGCAAGGCAGCGCAAGAAGAUAAAGCAGGAAACUAUGAGGAAGCCCUCCUCUUGUACCAACAUGCUGUGCAGUAUUUUCUCCAUAUUAUUAAAUAUGAAGCACAGGGUGAUAAAGCAAAACAGAGCAUUAGAAUGAAAUGUAGAGAAUACUUGGACAGAGCAGAACAGCUGAAAGAAUAUCUGAAAAAGAGAGAAAAAGCUGCACCAAAACCAGUUAAAGAGUCUGGUCCUGCUGAUGGAAAAGGGAAUGACAGUGAUGGGGAAGGGGAGUCAGGGGAUCCUGAAAAAAAGAAGCUACAGAAUCAACUUCAAGGAGCAAUUGUUAUGGAGCGACCAAAUGUCAAAUGGAGUGAUGUUGCUGGCCUCGAAGGUGCCAAAGAAGCACUUAAAGAAGCAGUGAUCUUGCCCAUUAAAUUUCCACACCUAUUUACAGGAAAACGAACACCCUGGAGAGGGAUUCUGCUGUUUGGACCACCAGGAACAGGAAAGUCUUAUUUAGCAAAAGCUGUCGCAACAGAAGCAAACAACUCUACCUUCUUCUCAGUAUCUUCCUCUGACCUUGUAUCGAAGUGGUUAGGUGAAAGUGAAAAAUUAGUGAAAAACUUGUUCCAGCUUGCCAGAGAAAACAAACCUUCUAUUAUCUUCAUUGAUGAGAUAGAUUCCCUCUGCGGGUCAAGAAGUGAAAAUGAAAGUGAGGCUGCAAGACGGAUAAAAACAGAAUUUCUAGUCCAGAUGCAAGGCGUUGGUAUUGACAAUGAUGGAAUCUUGGUCUUGGGAGCAACAAACAUACCCUGGGUUUUGGAUUCUGCUAUCAGGAGAAGGUUUGAGAAGCGUAUUUAUAUUCCUUUACCUGAAGACCAUGCCAGGGCUGCAAUGUUCAAACUUCACCUUGGGUCAACUCCAAAUCUCCUAACAGAAGCAGAUUAUCGAAAACUUGGAGAAAAAACUGAGGGCUAUUCUGGUGCAGAUAUAAGCAUCAUUGUACGUGAUGCACUGAUGCAGCCUGUUAGAAAAGUGCAAUCAGCUACUCAUUUUAAAAAAGUAAAAGGACCAUCAGUGUCUAAUCCAAAUACAAUGGUAGAUUUGUUCACCCCUUGCUCCCCAGGUGAUCCUGGAGCCAUAGAAAUGACAUGGAUGGAGGUUCCUGGUGAUAAAUUACUGGAGCCUCAAGUUUCCAUGGCUGAUAUGCUCAGGUCGCUAGCUAGCACAAAGCCAACAGUUAAUGAACAGGACCUGGAGAAGUUAAAGAAGUUUACAGAAGACUUUGGUCAGGAAGGCUAAACCAAAGAUAUAUGUGGAGCAUUAGAACUUUUUUUUCCCUUUCUUAAGUAUUCUUGUGUCUUUACUGAUGGCACUUCAAAUAAAUGCCAAUAAAAUAACUCCUUUCUGACUUUGCAGAAGGAAUAGAAAGUACCUUCGCAAAGACCCUUAAGCUUUUGUAUUGUAUUGUUUUCCUCAGAUGUCUAUUAAAUGUCUUCUAUUGAAAAAUAAUAUGAAAAUACAAUUUUAGGGUGAGACAGCAAAGUGAUGUGGUAAUGUCUAUUAAAUGCUAGAAAACCUUAAAUCAUUAGUUCAAUUUUAGGUAUUAUAUUAAACCUGGGUACAAGUGAGUUUUAAACUCCCAGUAAGCUCAAAAACCCCUUUUUUGCAGGUGGAAGAGAACAUAUUUGGGUGUUUUCAGUAUCAGUCAAUCAGUUUCCAUAUUAAUUGCUCUCAUUUCAUAUAGAAAAAUGUAUCAAAAUUUGCUAAUCAAGCAUAUGGCAAGUGUGGGUUUGCUAUUAAAGUAAGGAGAAAACACUGUGAGGGUAAGAGCACAUGGGCCAGUACUUUGUUUAAAUACUGAUGGAACUGGUAUUUGGCUUUUUCUGCUAUACUGUGUCAGAAUUUUGCCUUAAACAGGAAGGUUUUGUUUUUAACUCUUUACUAGCUGAUACGCACUGUCACUAUGCAAUUUAGCAAAAGUUUGUUAAAAUCAAAUAUGUGGGAAGGUGUUUACUGGCUGUUCUUGUUUUGGAGUUUUGUGGUUUUUUUAUUGUUGUUGUCUCUAAAUCUUAAUUUACUUUCUGCAGGAGUUUGACUGAAGUUAGAAAAAAACAUUAGUAAUAUCCAGUAAGAGUCCACAUGUCAAAGCUGGCAAGGUGUAGGUAGUCUUUGGAGAGUGUAUGGGAGGUAUUCUGGGAAGUAGCAUGCUUUCACUUGCGAGGAAAGUAUAACAGAUUUUUUAGCUACAGACUUUCGGAUGAUAAAUUAAGCCAGAACUCUACUGAUAACUAUUGCAUGUUACAUCAAUUUAGUGCUUAAACUUGGAGAGAAAGCUGGCAGUUUAGUACAGUAGUAGCACUUCCACUGGUCUCUUUCUGAAGAAAUACAAAUUGAGAUGUGCCUGAAUGUGACUUACAACACUUCCGCGUCAGCAUUGAGUUUGUGCCUUGUAAGUUUGCACUGGCUGUAGAUACAAGACAUCCUUAGGAUACUCUGUUCCAGGAUCAUUGUACAACUCUUAUCUUGUAUAGGCUUUGUUUAACUUGCAUUAAAAGAAAUUUGCACAUUUUGUGUGUGUAUGUUAUAGGUACAUAUACACAUAUAUGAUCAUCUUUCAAUGGGGUUUUGUUUCCUUUAUGUACAUAUUUUAUGUACUUUAUAAAUCAUAGGAUGGGUGAAAUUUGCUGUACUUCAUUUAAGUAAAAUGUUAAGAGUACAACACCAGCUAUGUUAUUUGAGUGUUUCUUCAAUGUUCAAGUAUUUUCUGCUUAUGUUUGGUGGUAUUUUUUUUAGGCUUUGGUUUCUAUGUUUAACAGCUAAACAAAAUAUUUAGUUAAAAAUUCUUUGAUCUGCAAGGUGCUGAGCUUUUAUUUACUAACAUGAUGAAACAUUCUUUCCAAAAUCAUUCAAAUAUACACAGCUUUACCUUUGUCUUAUGUUGGAAUGUGUAAAUGUGAAUCAGUGGACUACAAAUCUUUCUACGGACCUCUCUGGAGGCAAAGGGGCAGGAAUUCCAGUGUAGGUGCAGGCAACUAUGGUGAGUAAAAUCCUACAGCUUUGCAGUAGGAUUGCUUUUUCAUAGUUGCCUCUUGUGAAUAUUUCUGAAGUAUUCACAAGUGUAUGAGCCAUACACUGUCAGGGCUUUCACUUGGAGGUUCGACGCUACUAUCUGAAGUACUUGUCUCUUCACCUUUUUUUUAAAUGAGAGUCCUUAUUGCAAUCCUAAAAUUCUCAGGAACUUUUUUUUUUGGUUUGUGGUAGGCUGAUUUGUCUUACGAGUUUCCACAAGCUGAACUGUGUAAUCUCUUAUCUUUAAUGUAGAAGGCAAGUAUACUGUAUGUUUUAAAUUUACAUCUUGCUGCUUGCUCAGUUGUGGGAUGACAUCUGUAACAGAAGCACUAAUGUUUGAUGUUUAAAGUUGCUUUUAGAAAUAUAUUCCAAAUAAACAUUGCUGCUUAGAAUUGCAGCUACAAUGACAAA